AUGUUUUUCUCCAAACCAGCACUCAUCACACUCGCCACUGCCGGGAUGGCUAUGGCAGCCGCAUUCGCAAACUCUCACAAUGCCGGUGUUCAAAGGCGGGACAUGCUGAGACAAGAGAUCGAGAAGAAAGGAGUGUCCUCUUUCUGGCGCGAUGACGAACAGCCCACAGAUGAAGUUGAGCGACGAGCUAUGGGGCUCACAGGAUCCUCAUUCUGGGCUUCCACCGAGGAGCCGGCUGAAGAUUAG